AUGCGUCUAGACUUUCCUGACCACCCAGUAGUUUGUACAGCAAAGGCAAAUAAAAUGCAUAAUUCUUUCCAUUUUCAGACUACAGUAAUGAGUUCAUGGCCUAACAACCUCCAAAGUUGCCAAAGCAAAGGAGAUUUGGCGAUGGAGGCUUUGUUGGAAGGAAUGCAAAAUCGGGGGCAUGAUGGGGGUUUUCUGACAUCCUGUGAAGCAGAGCUACAGGAGCUCAUGAAGCAGAUUGAUAUAAUGGUGGCUCAUAAGAAAUCCGAGUGGGAAGGGCAGACGCAUGCUCUGGAGACUUGUCUGGAUAUCCGCGAGCAGGAACUCAAGACUCUCAGGAGUCAGUUGGACAUGAAGCACAAAGAGGUUGGAAUGUUGCAUCAGCAGUUAGAAGAACAUGAGAAAAUCAAGCAAGAGAUGGCCAUGGAGUAUAAGCAGGAGCUAAAGAAACUACAGGAGGAAUUAGGCAGACUGAAGAGAAGCUAUGAGAAGCUGCAGAAAAAGCAAAUAAGGGAAUUCAGAGGAAAUACCAGAAAUCACAGGGAGGAUCGGUCUGAAAUCGAGAGGUUAACCGGAAAAAUAGAGGAGUUCCGUCAGAAGUCGCUGGACUGGGAGAAGCAGCGCCUUGUCUAUCAGCAGCAGGUGUCUUCCCUGGAGGCGCAGAGGAAGGCCCUGGCCGAGCAGUCGGAGAUCAUCCAGGCUCAGCUUGCCAAUCGGAAACAGAAAUUAGAGUCUGUGGAGCUGUCCAGCCAGUCGGAAAUUCAGCAUCUGUCCAGUAAGCUGCAGCGGGCCAGCGACACCAUCUGUGCCAACGAGCUGGAGAUAGAGCGCCUCACCAUGAGGGUCAACGACCUGGUGGGGGCCAACGUGGCCGUUCUGCAGGAGCAGCGGCAAAAGGAGGAGAAGUUACGAGAGUCUGAAAAACUAUUAGAGGCUCUGAAAGAAGAAAAGAGAGAAUUGAUGGGAGCUCUUCAGGCCCAAGAAAAUUUCAUCCAUGAGGCAAAGAUGCAGAAAGAGAAGCUACAAGCAAAAUUAAAGGCAGCUGACACUCAACACACAGUCGAAGCCAUACGGCUGCUGGAUGAGGCUCAGACAGAGAGGAAGUACAUGUCCCAAGGGCAGGGGGACAUAGACAGUGUGCUCUCCCAGUUGGAUUUUUCCCACACGAGUGAAGAACUUUUGCGAGCAGAGGUGACUCGUCUUGAAGGCAGUUUGGAAUCUGUGAGUGCGACGUGUAAACAACUGAGCCAAGAACUAAUGGAAAAAUACGAAGAACUGAAGAAGAUGGAAGGACAUAACAAUGAGUACAGGGCAGAGAUUAAGACGCUGAAAGAACAGAUUUUACAGGCUGAGCAGAGUUAUAGUUCCGCACUAGAAGGAAUGAAGAGGGAGAUCUCCCAGCUAACUCGGGAGUUACAUCAGCGAGAUAUCACUAUUGCUUCAGCCAAAGGUUCUUCCUCAGACAUGGAGAAGCGACUACAGGCAGAGAUGCAAAAGGCAGAAGAAAAAGCAGUAGAGCAUAAGGAGAUUUUGGGUCAGCUGGAAUCACUCCAAUUAGAAAAUCGUCGCCUUUCUGAAAUGGUGAUGAAACUGGAAUUGGGUUUACAUGAGGCCAAAGAGAUUUCACUAGCAGACCUCCAGGAGAAUUAUAUUGAGGCAUUAAAUAAAUUAGUGUCUGAAAAUCAACAACUACAGAAAGAUUUGAUGGAUACCAAAUCUCAGCUGGAGAUUUCUACUCAGAUGUGCAAAAAAAAAAAUGACAGGAUCUUUAAACCAACACACUGCAGAACAGCUGACUUCAAGAAUACCGAGUUCAAGCCAACCCAUGGCCAGCACAGACGUGAUGGAAUAAAGACUGGGCACUACAAAACAGGUCUUCAUUCUCCCAGAGGACACGCAUUGGAUAGUAUAGACCCCAUAUCCAGGGUCCUCAGCCCCUUGAGUCCUCAAGGCAGCCCUUGCAGCUCCACCGUUUCCUUGCCUUCCUACUUUCUGGAUAAAACUCACUUCUUGCCGUCAGUGGUAGAUAUGAAUGAAGCCAACUUUUCUGACACUGUGUCUGAGAGUCUGAAUGACCAAGAAGAGUUUAUGUCUUCGUGUUCCUUGCCUGUGUCUCCCCUUGGUUCAGUAGCCACCAGAUUUUUGGAAGAAGAGGAAGUGAGGUCUCAUCAUAUUCUAGAGCGCCUGGAUGCCCAUAUUGAAGAGCUAAAAAGAGAGAGUGAAAAGACAGUGAGACAGUUCACAGCCCUAAAGUAGCUGCUUUAAAGAUCACAAAUGUGGAAAUAAAAAUAAACACUGAAGAGCUACUGUCAUCUGAAGUAGCAGCUCUUUACAAACACGACCAUAUAAAUUAUAAAGAUGAUGCACCCUAAAGUAGCAGUGAAGAAGUCUGAGAAGCCGGUCCUCCGCCCAGGCGUGUUUUCUGAACUGGUUGGUUUGAAGGACUUCUUCCAGUGAUAUCUUGUGAGAAUAAACCACUUUGCUAGAUUUU